AUGUUGCCGCUUUCGGGUGGUUCGGAGCGUAGAGUUUUAGAUGAGGCUGUGCAGGUGGAUGAUGAUGACGAUGAUGAAGGAGUGUCACACUACCGCCAUAGAUGUAAUUGGAACUGGAACAAAAGCACUGAACAACAGAUUUCCAUCUUCCCGGCUCUUGUAAACAUCGCCGAAUGGCCUACUCUCAAGCACCCUCGGAACACUAAGGUGUUGGCGUGCAUAAGGGAACGUCAGGAAGGUCGCCAGGCUCCCGAAUUUGGAGAAACCAAUUUUGUUCAAUCGAACAGGAAUUACUGCAGUAGGACAUCGGAUCGAAGGGCAUCUGGAUCGAACAUCGACACAUCCCCAUCUCCAUCUGCCCAUCCUUCUUUUCUUUCCAAUCUCCGCCUCCAUCUCCGCCAUCUGGUAGCACCUACAAGAGAUCCCAUGACCGGUAAAUCCCGCGAGAAACACUCAGCCAAAACGUGUGAGGGCAAAGUCUUUGCCAGCCGCAAGAAGGGAAAUGCCGGAGGGUCAUCGAAGAGGAUAUGUUUUUGUAGGCGCCCAGAUGCCAUGACACCACGCCAGAGUGCGCUCAUUAACUAA